ACGAUUCCGCCACGCCACGCCAAGCAGAAAGCUCGGUCGAGUGACUUGAGGGAUUCUGACGGAGGCGCGUACAACAGUAAAAGCAACAGCAGCGAGCAAGGCCACGACGAACACAGGGCCAAUAGAGCAGCCAGUGGCCAAGUCACCUGAACGUAUUCGCCCUCGCUGCCCUUGGCGGGAGGUGCUCUAAUAGACUAUGGACUCGUCAACCUCGGAUCGGCCUUCGACGAGGAGUGGGGGCAGGAUGGGCAGCCGCGCAGGACUUGGCACCGCCAGCGGUCGGCCCAGAACGGGGAGACCAGCAACUUCGACGGCGGGUAGGCCCACGACGGCCGCCGGUCAAGGCUCAGGUACAGGGGAGAGGCCCAUGACCAGGGGAGACACGGCCAUCAAUGACGACUACAUCGACGAAUGGGACGAAGAAGAGUACGAGAGUGAAGAUGAUGGAGAUGUCUUUGCCUUUGUUCCUCCCGACAUUGGACCGUCUCCAGCCACUGUGAAUCUCGAGCAGCAACAGAACACGACCCAUAUGCAGCCGGCGAGCAGCAUGGGCGAAGACGAAGAGGAGACGUUCUACUACGACGAGGCAACAGGAGCGGUGUACGACUCGCAAGGACGCCUCGUAGAAAUGCCGCCUGGCUUUCAGCCUCCCACGGUGAGCAACCCACAGUCGGUCGCCGGCACCACGGCCAUCCAGCCGGGAGAGGUGGGAGGAGAGGCAGGACGAGAGACCAUUCCAUUCUCUUCCUUAGCGAGCACCCCCGGCGAGCGAGCCAGCUUGGACGCACCCCUUGGAUCGCGACGAGCUGCAUACCUCACAGACCCGCGCAUAUCUCUCGACCGUAAAGUGUCAGAUGCCUCGACAGUGAGCCGCGAUGCUCCCUUGAAUCACGCGAGGUCUAUGAAUGCGUUCCCGUCGAUGGAUGUCCUCGACGAGGUUGAGCAUCUCCCCAGCCGGCAAGGCUCUGGUGCCGAUCCAAUGACACCCAAUCGCUUGCCUCAGCAUCCGAAAGACGUCGGCAUGACGGCGACGGGCGCUCCCCAGCUCGACUCACGAGGCUGGGAGGUGGCUCCGCAGACGCCUCCCCAGGCUGCCAAUGGCCAGUCGUCGAUACGGCAGCGCAACAACCGUCUUUCGCAAUUUGCUGAUGCCGGACUGAGCCCCUCGCACGAUCUCAAGUUCCAGCUCGGCCCGAGCAAAUCGACCGAAUUCGACGAGGAAGAUUACAGUGGUGAAUUCGACAAGGGUUUGAGUCUGGGUCAAGGGCCCGGCCUCGCUCACCCCGCCCACGACGGCGAGACGGCCGCAGGUGCCAGGGGUCUACGGAUGGUCGAGCUGGAGAUGGAGCUCGAAGAUGACUCACCUUAUCCCGAGGUCAGAGCCUCGGUGUCCAACACCGAUGACCCCGACAUGGUGUGCAGCACCUUCAGAGCCUAUGUCCUCGCCUUCGUCCUCUCGACGAUCGCCGGCGGUGCGAACAUCCUCUUCUCGUUCCGAUACCCCGCCCCCAGUGUUGCGCCCGUCGUUGUUCAGCUCAUCACGUAUCCGCUGGGCAAGAUCAUGGCCGCCGUCCUACCCACCCACGUCUUCACUUUACCCAAGUGGCUCGGAGGUGGCCAAUGGAGCUUGAACCCGGGCAUGUUCAACAUCAAGGAGCACGCUCUCGUUGCCAUUGCCGUCAAUGCCUCUGUCCCGCAGGCCUACUGCAUCGCCUGCCUCACUACACUCCAGUCCGACCAAUUCUACGGCGACCCCAAGCCGGUCGGCUUCAGCAUCAUCUUCCUUCUUUCAAGCCAGCUCAUCGGACUGAGUUUUGCCGGCAUCUGUCGACGAUGGCUCGUCUGGCCUGCCUCGAUGAUCUGGCCGCAGAACCUGGUAACAUCGACGAUCCUCAACACGCUUCAUGCCGAGGAAGAUGGUCAAGACGGUUCGAUGACGAGGUUCAAAUACUUCAGCAUCGUCUUCGGAAGCGCCAUCAUCUGGUACAUUGUCCCCGGCUUCCUCUUUCAGGCUUUGUCGCAAUUUUCGUGGCUUUGCUGGAUUUUGCCAAACAAUCACGUCGUCAAUACCCUCUUUGGCACAGGCUCGGGCCUAGGAAUGUCAGUCCUCACCUUCGACUGGACCCAGAUCAAUUACAUCUCAUCGCCCCUCAUCGUACCCUGGUGGGCCGAGCUCAACAUCUUCGUCGGCUUCACCAUCGUCCUUUGGAUCGUCGCCCCUGUUCUCUACUACACGAACUUCUACUUUUUCAGCUACCUGCCGUUCAACUCGACGAGCUCCUAUGACCGAACUGGCAGCCCGUACAAUAUCUCCAUGGUCGUCACCAAUCGAACAGAGUUCAACGAUGCGGCGUAUAGAAAUUAUUCGCAGCUCUAUCUGCCCACGACAUUUUACCUCGUCUACUACACCAGCUUCAUUGCUGCCGUCAGCAUCCUGGUACACACCGGUCUGUACCACGGCAAAGCGCUGUGGAAGGGAAUGCGACACGUGCGAAUCGAAGAGGACGACGUUCAUGCAAAAUUUAUGCGACGGUAUCGCGAGGUUCCCGACUGGUGGUACGCAGUGAUCCUCCUCGUCUUUUUCGCCAUGGCGGUAGCCUUGAUCGAGGUGUAUGACACAGAGCUGCCUGUCUGGGGUCUCUUGCUGGCCCUCAUCAUUCCGGCAUUCUACAUCCUGCCAUCGGGCUUCAUCUUUGCCAUGACAGGUUCCUAUCUUGGUACAAAUUUCGUCGGUGAAUUUGUGGCCGGAUACGCACUGCCGGGCAAGGCCAUCGCCAACAUGGUCUUCAAGGUCUACUCGCUCCAAACGCUCACAGCCGGCCUCGGCUUCGUUCAGGAUCUCAAGCUUGGUCAUUACAUGAAGGUUCCCCCUCGUCAAACAUUUAUGAUCCAGCUGCUCGUUUCUGCAUGGGUCAGCGUCGCUCAGAUCGGCGUCAUGUACUGGAUGUUCAACAACGUCGAAGGUCUCUGCACAGACGAUGAGCCGCACCGCUUCGUCUGUCCAUCUGCCAACGCCUUUUUCACCUCGAGCGUCGUAUGGGGCCUAAUUGGGCCACAGAGGCUCUUCGGAGACAAGUCACUCUACUCAUCCAUUUACUGGUCCGUCCUCAUCGGCGCUGUCCUACCCCUCCCGUUUUGGCUUGCCGCGCGACGCUGGCCGAAGUCAUGGAUCAAAUUUGUGAGCGUACCCGUGGCUGUUGCCUCGUUGAGCUACAUUCCUCCAGGAAGUGGCAUCAACUACUCUGCUUGGUUCCUCGUCGGCUUCGGGUUCCAGUACCUCGUCCGCCGCCUCAACUUCCGCUGGUGGAGCAAGUACAACUUUGUCACGUCGGCCGCCCUCGACGCGGGAACAAUCAUUUCCACCAUCCUUGUCUUUAUCGCGCUGCAGUACCCAGACGGCGGCAACAUUUCGCUCAAUUGGUGGGGCAACGACGUGUUUGUCAACACAAUAGAUGCGCAGAGGACUGCCUAUCUCCAACCUCCUCCGGAGGGCUUUGGGCCUCCUCCGCGAGAGCUGUAGCUUUGCGAAUUCUUCUUUGCGAACUGUCCAAUCUUUGCUUCUCCUCCUUUCGUUGGGCUUCGGUUACUUCUCUGUGUUGCAAUUACAAAAUUCACUUUCACGUUGACCCACAAGACGCU